CUCUGUUUUUUUUCAUUUCCUCUGUUUUGUUCUUGCUCUGUUUCAAUGGAGGAACUGAACUGGAUAAGAGGACCAAUCAUAGGACGAGGCUCAACAGCUACUGUCUCACUUGCAAUCACAAAUUCCGGUGACUUCUUCGCCGUUAAAUCCGCCGAGUUUUCUUCAUCGGCGUUUUUGCAGAGAGAACAAUCGAUUUUGUCGAAUUUGAGCUCUCCUUACAUAGUUAAGUACAUUGGUUUUAAUGUAACGACGGAGAACGACAUAUUGAUGUAUAAUCUCUUGAUGGAGUAUGUUUCCGGCGGGAGUAUUCACGAUUUGAUCAAGAAUUCCGGCGGGAAGUUACCGGAGCCGGUGAUUAGAUCCUACACGCGUCAGAUUUUGAAAGGUUUGAUGUAUCUUCAUGAUCAAGGUAUUGUUCAUUGCGAUUUAAAGAGUCAGAAUGUGAUGAUCGGAGGAGAGAUUGCAAAGAUCGUCGAUUUGGGCUGUGCUAAAACGGUGGAAGAGAAUGAGAAUUUGGAAUUUUCCGGUACACCGGCGUUUAUGUCGCCGGAAGUGGCACGUGGUGAAGAACAGAGUUUUCCAGCUGAUGUUUGGGCUUUGGGGUGUUUGGUGAUAGAGAUGGCUACAGGGUCAAGUCCUUGGCCGGAGUUAAACGACGUCGUUGCUGCGAUUUAUAAGAUUGGUUUCACCGGUGAGUCGCCGGAGAUUCCGGUUUGGUUAUCGGAUAAAGGUAAAGACUUUUUGAAGAAAUGUUUGAGAAAAGAUUCAAAACAGAGAUGGAGUGUUCAAGAAUUGCUUCAACAUCCGUUUCUUGAUGAUGAAGACGACGAAGAAGCUCGUAAUUGUCUGAAUUCUUCAUCUCCAAGUACUGUGUUGGAUCAAGGUUUUUGGGAUUUAUGUGAAACUUCGAGAAGUCGAUUCAUUAAAGAGGAUCACGAAGACCCAUUUGCAAAGUCUACAAAUUUCUUAUGGGGUGAUUCUUUACCAGGUGAUCGGAUCAAGAAACUCGCCGGAGAUGAGAAUUCCGGUGAACUAGAGUGGGAAACGAACGGUUGGAUUGAAGUAAGGGGAGAGAUAGAGAAACGUAACGAGGAAGAAGAUGAGAAUUGCGUUGAAGCAACGUCAUUGGAGGAGGAAGAAGAAGUGGGAGGAUUUGAGAAUUGGAUCUUGGAUCAACAAGACAGCUUGUUCUUGGAAUAUUCCCCUGAGGACAACAUUAAUUAUUUUUACUCUUAUAAUAACAUCUUUGAUGAAGCUUUAUCUAACCAACAAAACGUCGAUUGUCCAACCUUCAAGCUUCUCAUUGUUGGUGAUGGAGGCUCAGGAAAAACCACCUUUUUGAAGAGACAUCUGACUGGGGAAUUUGAGCAGAAUCAUGAACCUACUGUUGGUGUGGAUGUUUAUCCUUUAGAUUUCAUCACUAACCGCGGUAAGAUCCGUUUUGAAUGCUGGGAUACUGCUGGACAAGAGAAGUAUAGUGGUCUAAAGGAUGCAUACUACAUCCAUGGUCAAUGUGCGAUAAUCAUGUUUGAUGUCACAGCACGGAACACAUACAUGAACGUUGAUACAUGGUACCGUGAUCUCCGCAGGGUGUGCAAGAACAUUCCGAUUGUUCUGUGUGGUAACAAAGUUGAUGUGCCGAGUAGACAAAUCAAGCCGAAGCAUGUAUCGUUCCAUAGGAAGAAGGGUCUGCAGUACUAUGAGAUGUCUUCGAAGAACAAUUGCAAUUUUGAGAAACCCUUUUUGUAUCUUGCUAGAAGACUUGCUGGAGACGCAAAACUAUCCUUUGUGGAGUCACCAGCUCUUGCUCCACCAGAACCGUACAUUGAUGACAUUGAUGUUGAUUGUCUGCAACUGAUUGAAGCUGAGCUCGUAGAGGCGAGAACUCAGCCACUCCCUGAUGAGGAGGAUAUCGUUUGUAUUGAAAACCUUAUCGAUUGAGUAAUCGUUUAAUAUUUGAUUGUCGUUUUUAGCUUUGAGUCGUGUGUAAUAAAAGAAAUGCGUGGUUUAUGAGACAAAAUUAUCUACCUUUUUGGUGAUGAUUGAGUAAUGUUCAUGAGGAAUCUAAUGUUUUUACAUUUGUAAUUGCAUGGACAUGUAAGAAUGAGAUUGUGACUAUAUUUUAUAAAUGGUAUUUUUUUUU